CCGUUGAAAGCAAUAAUGCUUGGUCAUAUGCUUCUCAGUAAGAUAAACUCAAGACGAAAUAAAAAACAAGGAAAAAACUCAACAGUCAAAAUGUUGGUGAGAGCGGCGUAUUCGAUUUUUUUCCUCUUCAUUUGGUGUUACUUGUCACUUGGAUACAUUACACGCCUGCAUUGUCGUCGCCAUGGAAAUUUCUCCAUCAUUAAAUUAAACACAAGGUUUAAUGGUACUGCGGAGAAAUCUAUGGAUGGUUUGACAAGAUCUGAAUGCGUUUUAUCAUGUCUGACAUGCGAUAGUUGCUCGUUUGUCAAUUAUCACGCAACGAAUCUUGCGUGCGAGUUAAUGAACUCCGAAGGAAACGAAACACCAGAAGAAGGUUGGCAAUUUUUGUCAACAAAUUAUGGAACGAGAAAUAGGGGACCAAUCUGCCGUUCAAUUAGUCCGUGUGCUCUCACAGAAGCUUGUGUUGAUACUUGCUUUGAAGACGAUCAAGUGGGCUACAAGUGCAUACCCAAUCAGUUUAAAAAAUUGCCUCCUGCGAUUAUGGGAGCGUAUCCGCAUGAUGUUUCACACCCAAUAGGUUACUUACAGGACGGGAAAGAUUAUACUUACGCUGGAGCUCUGGGUGCUACCAACAGUCACUUUGUCAUACAUUUCAGUACGACAAUACCCGUUCGAUUUGUAACGAUUCGUUUGCAAUCGACUGUUCAAAAGGGUGUAAUCACAGUUGAUAAUAAAAUUUGUUCAUGGAUACCAGAGUUGGCUGGUGUUGAGUUUGUCGUGGAAUGCAAUUCAUAUUUAUCAGGUCGAAUAAUUGUUUUCAGACAUCUACUGGGCUCUUCACAAUCAUUGGCUGUGAACGAGUGGUAUGUUUAUGGUGACUUAUAAACAAAUCAAAUAAGAAAAUACAGCAAUAUUAAUUGGGCUUCUGCUACAUAACAAAGUUUUAAUUUUUUUUUGUCAAAAUUCAAGGAAAGGUAUCGUUAGUUAAUGGUGUUGAGUACAACAGAAGCACUUUUUAACUUUGAUGGAUGUUGUGCUGAAGUUUUUGACCAAAAAGUAUUGAACAUGAUAAAGCGUGAAAAAAUAAAAUAAAAUAAAAAAUUUAACCCUUUUCAAUGAAAAAGCCAAUAAAAGAUGAAAAAUUGUAUAUAUAUUUUGUAUGUGAGAUUUUUGUGAUGAAUAUGUUACACCUUGUAGAUAAUUAUUUAAAAGUUCGUUUUUUUUUACACAUUAA